GAGAGAGAGAGUCUGAGUCACCUUUUCCUUUAUCUCUUCAAUUCUAUCAGUAGUAUAGUGGCAGGCCAGAGUUAAAGUUAGGAGCAAAUUCUGGUGUUUUUCAGUGCCUAAAGCUUCCUUAGCUUGGUUUAAUUUUAUACGUCUCUCCUCCUUUCUUCUUCUUCUUCCUCAGCUCUAUCUCCACUGUUUUCUUCAUCAUUAAUGCCCCCUUUUCUCAUCUUUCAUCUCACCCUAGCUAGAUUACUUGAUCUGAUAUGAAACACAUAUCCUUAUGGGGAGAGAUUAUUUCUUUCAGCUGAGUUGAUGAGAAGAAAUUUUUGUGGAAAUUAGGGAAUAUAUAUAUUAAAAAAAAGUGCAGAAAGAAGAGAUGAAUAAGAACAGCAGUCAAGUGGGAUCUAUAAGCAGUUCAGAUCUCAUAGAUGCAAAGCUUGAAGAGCAUCAGCUGUGUGGAUCCAAGCAGUGUCCUGGAUGUGGCCACAAGCUUGAAGCAGCAAAGCCGGACUGGGUAGGUCUACCAGCUGGGGUGAAAUUUGACCCAACAGAUCAAGAAUUGAUAGAGCACCUCGAAGCUAAAGUAGUCGCUAAAGAAUCAAAAUCUCAUCCAUUGAUUGAUGAGUUCAUCCCCACCAUUGAAGGCGAAGAUGGGAUCUGCUACACUCACCCUGAGAAACUUCCCGGUGUGACGAGAGAUGGGUUGAGUAGACAUUUUUUCCACCGUCCGUCGAAGGCGUACACGACGGGGACACGGAAGCGGCGGAAGAUACAGACGGAGUGCGACUUGCAGGGCGGCGAGACGCGGUGGCACAAGACCGGAAAAACCCGGCCGGUGAUGCUCAACGGGAAGCAAAAAGGGUGCAAGAAAAUACUGGUUUUAUACACUAAUUUCGGGAAAAACCGGAAACCCGAGAAGACAAAUUGGGUCAUGCACCAGUAUCAUUUGGGGCAGCACGAGGAGGAGAAAGAAGGGGAGCUCGUUGUCUCUAAGAUAUUUUAUCAAACACAACCUAGGCAGUGUAAUUGGUCCUCCGCCGCCGCGGCCACGGCGGCGGAGAGGAGCAUUACUUCCGGCGGCGAAGAUCCGGCUAGUAAACGGGACAGCGGCGGGAGCGGGAGCUGCUCUUCUUCUAAGGAUAAUAAUAAUAUGAACAUUCAUUCACAUGGAGAUGAACUCUCGGUGGCGGUUGGGGCCGCCAUGUCUAGUUACAGUGCCAUGGAGAUUCAACAGCUUAAAGCUACCGCCGACCAUUUUAGCUUCCUCCCUUUCAGGAAAAACUUUGAUGAGGCGGGGAUUGCAGUGGGGGCGGAAGCGUCAAUGGGGAGGGAAGUUCCGGCGACAGGCACGUGCGAAGGGCGUGACAUCGGCGAUCCUCACCGUGGGCAUCACGUGACGACACACGACGCCCAUCACCACCACCACCAUCACCAAAUUGCGGCGGCAUUCCACAACAUAAGCCGGCCGUCACACACCAUCUCCGCCAUCAUCUCUCCGCCGCCGCCGCUCCACCACCACGCCUCCGUCAUCCUCGACGACGACCCCUUCCACGUCCCCAGAAUCAUACUCCCCGCCGACAACUACCAGCAAUCCCAGCAACAACAGCAGCAACAACAACAACAACAUCAUAAACUAGGAGGGAGGUCUACUUCCGAAUUGGAAGAACUCAUAAUGGGGUGCACUACUACUUCCAGUGACAUCAAAGAAGGAUCAUCCAUGGCGGCUAACCAACAAGAAGCAGAAUGGCUGAAGUACACACCCUUCUGGCCAGACCCUGACAACCCGGAUCAUCAUGGGUAGAAGCAAAAAACC